CCCAUUUUUUGGGGCCUUGUUUAUUUAAAACUUGUAAUUUGGCUGUCAAAGACAUUAUUUUUACUGCACAACCGCCGUUAUUAUCGGCACCUUGAAUAUUUUUAUUAAAUUUUUGAUUUUCAAACUUGAAUAACGCCGUUAUUUCUCAACCGAUUUAGGUCAUUUUGGGCUUAAAAUGUCCGAAAUGACUUUGACUAAAAUAUUUUCAAUAAGCGAGCAUGCUGGGAUACACCACUUAUGAGUCAUAAAAAUAAAUAUGUUUUCAGAGGAAAAUUUUUGCACAUUUUGGCACAUAACUUGGGUAAAAAUCAAAAAUUCGCCAAGUCGACUAGCACAUCUUUUCUAAAUUACCUGACAAUGAUCUGUGCAAAAUUUCAUCAAAAUCGGUUGAGAAAUGGCUGAGAAAUCGACUUAUGUCACUUUUUUUGGGUGGGGUAAAUGCAUACUUAGCAAUUUUUUUUCGUUGUCAGGUAUUUGCCUCACUAAGAAAAAUGGAUCGAUCAAUUUACAUAAGAAUGAUUAUUACCGGUAUCUAAUCGUUCCCGUUGACAUCACUGAAACUUUAUUGCUUAAUUCUAGCCCUCUCGAAAUAGCCCCAUUAUUAAAGUUGUUUUGCAGAGUUUAUACUUUUGGCUUCAUAAUUAUCGGGCAGUAGUUGAUAGUAAUUAUAGAGAAAUGCGUAACGUAAAAAUGGGUUUGGAAUCAAGGGAAGUAAAAAAUCGGUACAUAUGUACAUGGCGCAUGCAUGUGCACAUAUAUUACAUUCAUUUACAAUUUAUACAGAUUAUUUUAAUCAUAUUCUAAUGGAAAUUUAACUACUUAUUCAAAUUAGACAACUUAUAUUAUGCAAUCAUUUUCUUACUCAUGCAAUUAUGAACUCACUUAACAAAAUCGUUAAAGUAGAACUCACUUUAAAAUAUUAGUAUUUUUAGUAAAUAUUAAUUAUUUUAUUUUAUUUAUAUUACUUAAAUUAUUAUUAUGUAACUCUAUGGGCCUCGGCCUGGAAGGGUUUAGGAUCCAAAUAAAAAUACAAAAUACAAAAUACAAAAUACAAAUGUGCACAUAUAUGUACUUAUCUAAAUAUGUGCAUACGUAUCUGCACUAUGUAUAUAGGCAAGUUCAUUUGUUGGUAAAUUUAAGCCGCAACUUGAAUAUCAUCUCAAUUACUCUGGUAUAUUGUAACUUGUAACAAACCAAUGGAGGAACUUUUUGACCCAUAAAAUCAACCAAAUCAUUGCAGAGACAUUAUCUACGACUAGGGAGCUGCAAAUCCGACGAACGUUUAGCAUUCAAACCUAUAAGUUCAAGACAUGAGUCUGGAUGCACUACAGUUUGGGAUUUUUUUUUACACUAAAUGCAUUUAUCCUGUGGUCAAAGAACAUCUAAAAGCUGAAUAAUUCUGAAUUUAAGUAUGUAUGUACCUGUUUUAACCACUGUGAAUAUCCGUAAAACGAAAAGCUUUUCGGAUAUUACUUACUAUGCUCUGAUAUAUACGAAUGGUGAUAGUUUUAAUUAAUUUAUGUAUACAUACUCAAUUUGUAUCAUGUUGAUGAAAUGCUCCAUAAAUUUUCACAUAUGCACUCUGGAAGUAUUUAUUUAUUCAAGGUUAUCAUUUAUAAUUAUUUAUUUUUCACAUUUGCUACUAGAUACCAGAAAUGAUUAUCUAGACUAGUUUAAUCUGGAAGGUUUGAUAAUUGAGGUGCUAACUAAAUAAACCGAAGCAAAGAAAUGUAGCAAUAGGGUCAACCAAUAAUUAACCAAUAAUUUUCCGAAAAAAAUUUGUAUACAUAUUUACAUAAAUCUACUCCAAACUUUGAACUUCCCAUUGUGUUUGAUUGCAACAUAAUUUAUUAACUGUCCAUAAAUACGUGCAUAUAGUUAUGUACGUGUGCUAUAUGUUGUACCCAUUCUGACAGGUAUUAACUAUGUACAUGCACAUUUGUUGCACGUAUGUAUAUCACAAGAUCAGGGUCAAGUUCGAAAUGGUAAACAUACCUGACCAUUCCUAACCGUGGUGCAGAUGUAUGUAGGAAGAAGUUCAAUGUUAAAGAAUUCCUAUGAGAACCGGUGAUGAACAAGUAUUGAUCAAGAUAAAACAUGGCAGGCAAGUUCAUCGUAUCAAAAUAAAGUGAUCAUGUAUAUUCCUCAAGUGAAGAUCCCACAUCCUGUGUACUUUUAUUAACCUUUAACAUGAUUUCCGUAACAAUGUGUGUGUUGAAAAUUUGAUGAAUUUCUUUCAGGUACUGCUCAACUUUCCUGAGAUAGUAAUAUCUGCAAAUUAACCUAGGUUUAGAUCUCUCCAGGGCUAUAAGUGGAUGUAUGUAUGUUGGUUUUAUUGCUUCAAAAGCAAUAAAAAGCUUGACGGAACAAUUUAAAUAGGAAACAUAAUUUAAGGAUGGAUUUAUCUUUUGAAGAGGGGCCCCCUUUAAAAUUGGUUGCAGCGACGAAAUCUUUCUCGGACGGUACCCCUGUAUUAAACGGAGUUAAUCUCAGCGUGGAUAAGGGAACAAUAUAUGCCUUACUUGGUCAGAGUGGAUGUGGGAAAACGACUCUUCUGUCCUGCAUAGUUGGACUCCAACGCUUGAACUCUGGGAGAAUUGAAAUAUUUGGUAGAGACAUUUCUGAUUAUAGAAAUGGCGUUGCGGGCAGUGUGAUAGGAUACAUGCCACAGAAAUCUCACUUUACGAGUCAUUCACGCUGAAGGAAACAUUCUUCUACUAUGGAAUGUUACACUCGAUGUCAAAAAUCUGUAUAAAUGAUCAGUUGGAAAAGCUGCAAGCUUUACUAGACCUGCCACAUGUGGACAAAUAUGUUGAUGAAAUCAGUGGUGGAGAACGUCGCCGAGUUUCGCUGGGAGUCGCGUUAUUACAUAAUCCCGAACUUUUAAUCCUUGAUGAACCAAGCGUAGGGAUAGAUCCGCUUUUACGUCAAAAGAUAUGGGGAUACCUCACAAGCUUGGUUAAAAUUCAAGAAACCUCGAUACUAAUCACGACACAUUACGUGGAAGAAACAAAGCAAUGCGAUAAAAUCGGUUAUUUACGAGAUGGAAAAAUUUCAAUAGAAGAUUCUCCAUCCGGAUUAUUAAAAACAUAUAAUGUUACAUUACUGGAUGAUGCCAUUCUUGCAGCGUGCAAAGCCAAACAGGAACCUCCAAAUUGUGAUGGAUUAUUUAUCUCCAAACCGAAAGUAACAUGCAGCCCGCAAAACAACGUCGAACUUGCAGCAUUCCGUAAACAUUCUGACAAAUAUUCUAAGGAGUCAAGUAUCCAUGAGAAAACUGUACUCGGCAAGAUGGUGGCUAAUUAUUUACCCGGAGUGAAUCAGAUUAAUCGGGUUUCGCUUACGAGGGAAUUUAGCAGCCUGAAAGCACUUGUCAAGCGCAAUUGGAUAAUGAAUAUACGAUUUAAGAUGAUGUGUGCAAGCCAAAUAAUAAGCAUAAUGGUGAGCUGCUUUCUAGCCUUUCACGGCAUUGGGCUUGAUCCCAUCGGUCUGCAAAUUGGUGUCGUGAAUUAUGACAAACCAUGUGGAAAUGAUGUCGCAUCCUUUAUUGAAGAAAUUGGAAAUUAUAGUACCAACUAUAGACCUGGAAACACUGAUGACACGGUGAAUAAUUUUGCCUGUCAGUUUUUACACAUUUUAGUCGGCGACGGUACAAUUGUGAACUUGGUGCACAAGGAUUCAAAGCUUGAAGCUUCAAAAUCUUUGAAAAUGGGUCACAUUCUUGGCUACAUUAUGAUUCCAAGGAAUUACUCGGAUCAUUUGAGAGAUCGAAUCGUGUUUAAUAUUCAUGCCAAUAAUGAGACCCUCGAUGGAUCAACAGUGUCUGUACAACUAGAUAACUCAAAUUAUCUCGUCUCUUACUACGCUAGACAAUACAUUGUAUCAAGCAUGUCACAAUUAUUUGAAAACCUUGCCGUCCGGUUUGGCGUGGAUAAACGUGUGGUCAAUCUUCCUUUAAAGUUCAACCCAAUCCAUGGUGCUUUAACAGAUACUUGGAAUCAUUAUAUAGCGCCGGUGUAUCUCUUAAUGGUGUGGGGAAUCAAUUCCACAAUUUCCGCAAUAUUCCACAGUGUCGAUAAGACUCAAAGCAGUCUUUCCCGAACACUGGCGACGGGUGUGAAAUAUCAGACGAUCUUAUUCUCCUAUUACAUCACUGACCUUGCCAUAAUGUUACCGCAAGCUGUGGUAAUUUUCACGCAUCUCUGGUGGUAUCGAGGCGAUGUCAUUGUUGGGAGCUGGAUUUCGAUUUUCGUAAUUUCCUACGUCCUCCGUGUAAACAUCACGGCUUUGACCACCUUACUUGCAGAAUGUUCUAGAUCUAUCAUUAACGGAAUUUUCGUCAGCGUAGCGAUAUUGCUGCUUGGCAUAUACGCGUCAGACACGCUUUGGCCUGUAGAAAGUGUGGCGUGGUGGUACAAGCCGUUAUGCUAUUGUCUGCCCCUGACAAAUCCGAACGGAGCGUUGCGCAGCAUUAUGACGAGAGGCUGGGGGGUGACAAAUCCAAAAGUGUUUUACUAUGGGAUUUUUAUCCCUCUGCUGGUAUCUGUAAUUGCGUUUUUUAUCACUGUUCGAGUUGCAAUGGGAAGGAAAUUGUAUUGAGUGUUGAAAUCUGUAAAUACACUGAAUUUUAGGUAUAUGUUCAUACAUGUAUGCGUGAUUGGGAUGCUUCCACUUACAACUAGAUUGCAGUAAUUUUAAGUCAUGUCAAAAUUUGAAAUACAAAUUUUUGCGUAAUGUAAAAUUACAUUGCGCAAAAAUCUGUGAAUAUAAUUUUAUAUUACCUCUGAACGCUUUAUGAAAAUUUAGCUGAAUAUAGGAAUAAAAGUAACUGCAAAUAUUUAGAACUAAAAUUCGUCUGAAAAUCUAGUACUCCUUAAAAUUCUUUACAUAAUGUAUUACUCUCGCCUUAUGUUUUUUGAAGUUUUUUUAACUCCUUGUCAUUUCUUCAAAAAUUUCACUAUGGUAAACUUAAUAAACCGUUGCAAACGAAAGGUAGCAAAGGGGUGAAGCGACAUGGUCACACGGUUAUCGCACGUCGAAACUAUGCCGAUUGAUGAAAUCCCUCCCCCCUCCACAAAAAAGCCUUAAACGGUCAAAACAAUAAAUUCGACAUCUUCGACUGUUUAUGUCAUCACCGUGGCGCCAUGACCUUAUGACCUAUAACGCCCAUAUUUGAACUUAUCCCGUCCCAAAAAAAAUUAAACACACGUUGGCAAAAACCGCAUGUUUCAAUUCGAAACCGGCGUACAGGGCAUUGUACUUCAUACGUAAAUAUUUAGAUAUGUUUGGUACAAGUUUCACAGGUACUGAUUAAGGGACAUAAUAUGGGGACAAGAUACAUACAUAUUCCAGAAGGUUGAAUAUUUCGUGACAUGCUGUGGGAGGUGGGGGUAAAGACCACAACCUACACCAGAAUGCACACUCUUCAGAUUCAUUCAUUUUAACACAAAUUAAACCAAUUUUCCUCAAUUUCUCGAAGAUUUUAAGCAUUCCCUGGAUUUGAAAAGCAUGUAAAGAUUAUUAUCCACGCAUGAAUUUAUUUCCACUCUUGCAGAAUUCAUAAUUUAAAUACCGGCUAAAAUUUAAGGUAGCCAAUAAUACAAAAUACAGAUAUUUUGAGAAUAUAGUAUUUUCUAGAUGGAUAUGAAAAAAAUAAAACGCAGACUGAAAAUUAAACCUGGCCUAGAUAAUUCCUUAUCAAAGCAAAAUGUAAAUAUUGCAUUAUGAAACUUGUAAUUAUUCUGUCUUCUAUUUAUUCACGAUUUUCCUACUUCCCUUACAACUUUGGAUUACAUAAAUAUAUGUAAUCGUUGGAUCUAAUAUAGAAUUAGGUGAAUAUCUAUUUGCAAAUCCUUUUAGUGUGAAAAGUAAUUAAUUACUCAAUUAAGUUGAUCAUAUAAUAAAUGUAAUUAAAUUACAUUUUAAUAAAUUAUAAUACGGUAGCUGAUUUAACUGCAAUUAAGUUGUUCUUAACUUAAUUAAUAUCUAUUGCGUAUAUGUAGUAGGUUGUAAAUUUCCUAUGUAAAUAAUAAUUGCAUGCACAUAAACGGAAGUUUGCUUGUGAGGAAGUCCAGUGUGAACUGAUUAAUUUGCAUAAUAAUCAAAACACAUAUUUAUUAAUAAGUUGUUUAUAAUUAAAAACGUAGUAUUUAAACUGAAGUAGACUCGCUAGGCACUGGGUCUAUUGGGAUUCUUUGCACUAAAUGUAUGAAAUAUUCUGGUUUCAAAGAUGGAUGAAACGUCUGAAUUUAAGUGCAUACCUGUUUUGUGCACUAUACAUUAAAAGCUAUUCGGAUAUUUACUAUUUAAUAGUUUUAGUACAUAUUCAAUUUGUAUCAUGUUGAUGAAAUGUUCCAUAAAUUUCGACGCAUGCAAGCACAUGCACUCUGAAAGUACUUAUUUAUUCAAAGCUAUUUAUAUUUUUUCUUUUUCACAUUUGCUACCAGAUACCAAAAAUGAUUAUCCAAAUAAAUUUAUAAUAUGGAAGCUUUGAUAAUUGAGGCGCUAAAUAAAAAUAUGUUUUCCUCAACCACAAAUAAG